GCCAUUGCUUUGUUCUGUGUUAUGUCAUAAAAAAACAAAAUUAAAUUAAAGUUAAGUGGGUCGCCAUAAGCUGUGGUAAUAAAUAGUGGGUCCCAACUCUAAAAAGUUUGGGAACCACUGACAUAGAGUGUUUUUCAGUUCAUUUUGGAUUAGUUCAAUUUCCAAAAAUUUCUAUCAUUCUGCAAUUCUGUCCUGUUUGAUGAUACAACACUGCCAUAGUAAUGCAUGUCCAUCUCAAAUAUCAUUAUUUAAGCAUAUUUAGAUCAGGUCCAGGGUGACCCAAAAACAGAACCCAUGAAUAUUGUAACUACCGUAUACUUCGAAAAUAGAGAAAAUUUAUUUAAUAUAAUUGUAACUAUAAGUUUCAGUAAUCUUGUAUGCUUUGCACAAAAGUUAUGCUCUAUCUAAAAUAUGUUCCAAAUGGCCGAGGUUCUGUUUUUUGGGACCUGUACUAUCGCAGCUCAAUUCAUUAGGCCUUAUUGAAUUCAUGCCAUUUUGCAAGAAACGUUGCAUCGUUUAUUUUUUGAGGUUUUCUAAUAUUUGAUAUUGUUUAUUUCUAGUCUUUGGACUAAUGUAUUUUGAUGAUUGCUUUGUGACAUAGAAAUAAACAAAUAUGAAUUUGAACAACAAUUCCAAGUUCAAAGAUUUGGAGAAAUUUUUGGCAAAAGUUGAUGAUGUGGAAAGUAUUGUCAAAGGCUUCACAUCAAAAGAUGCAGAUAAACAAAGUAGUGCAAUGACGAAAGCAGAUGAACUUUUGAACAAAGAAUCUUCAACAGGAUUCAACAAAACCAUCAUCAAUAAGGAUGCGUAUAAAAAUGAACAUCCGAAUGGAGGAAUACAUGCAGGACCAACCAUGUCUCAGGACCAAUUCCUCAACGCUUUGGAAGCUGAUGCAAAUACGAGAGCACAAGCUAGAAGAGAGAGGCAUAAGAAAGCGAAUGAAAUGAAAAUGAAGGCAAAUGAUGCUUUCAAAAAUGAAGAAUACAAAACCGCACUAUCAUUGUAUAGUGAAGCUAUAACCGUUGCAAAGGAUCUUACUCCGUUAUAUACAAAUCGUGCGAUGACUCAUAUCAAACUUCAACAAUAUGAUGAGGCGAUCGCUGACUGCGAAAUGGCUCUUCGGGUGGAAUCAACCUGGAUCAAGGCCUAUGUUGUCAAAGGAAAUGCAUUAAAAUUGCAAAAGAAAUAUCCGGAAGCAAUCGAAACGUAUAAAGAAAUACUAACGCAUAAUAAAGACAAAAUGAAAUUGGUUCAAGAUUAUGUCAGUCAAGCUGAGGAAGAGCAAAGGGUUGAAGAACUAGAACAAAAAGCAAAGAAAAGCAUCGAAGAAAAUGUUCCGGCUGCUGAAGGUGUUGCCAAGUUAAUUCAUACCAUUGGCACAAGGCUUGAAAUCAAACAUGAGUCUGAAGAAAAUAUGUUUAGAUAUUAUGCUGGAGGUUUCAGAAUGUUGUCUGCACAGUUAAAAGAUGAUAACUCCAGGACGAUAUUCCGGACAGAAGGUGGAUUCAAGAUACUUGCAGCAAAACCAUAUUUGCGAAAAACACUCCUGGGGAAAGCUUUCGCUUACGGUCAACAAUCUGAUUUUGCGUGUUCUGUACUUCACACAAUACAAUCUGCAUGUUCAAAAUGCCCAGAGAAUACAACUGCAUUUCUUCAAGAACAAUUAAUGUCCGAGAUGAUGAUGAACCUAAUGGAAAGUGACGACAAGCAAGUGAAACGUGCUGCAAUAUGUUGUUUUAUCGAGUUUGCGUCAAAUGAUAAAAUGAUCGACACUGUGUUGGAUAUCUUCAAAGCUACAUGGUUAACAGCAAAUCUUCUAAGCAAAGACACAACCAAGUUGAAGUUAUUAGAGGAAGGAAUUUUGUGCCUAAAUCGAUAUUCUGAGAAUAAAAGGUUUCGACAAGAUGUUGUGCCAGAAUUCGAUGCAUUGGUGCUUCAAGUUUUCAAAAAGUUUAUUGAUGAAAUAGCUCAUAAUCGAAGGAAAGAAAUACCAAAAUGUAUUCAAUGUUUAUGUACGUUUGCAAAAAAUAAAAUGAUAUGUCAACAAGUAUCAUCUAAUGAUGCUUUCUGGGAAAGUCUACUUUCAUGUAUUGAUCGUUGUAUACAUGUAAUGGAACCCAGUUCAUACAGAGAUGAUAUUCUAUCAAAAAUGAUGGAUAUUACAGAGAUGCUAUUGCUUCAUUCCAAUGAUUCUACAAGUAAAAUUUCACCAAGAUUAGCAGUUUGUAUUCAACCUCUCCUCAAUCAUGGAAAAGAACAUCUUGUAGUGAAAACCAUGACUGUUAUUACGAGAUGUUUGGAACGAUCGAAGGAAGCUGUGAAAAGUUUUCAGUCGUCUUCUGGAUUGGUGUUCAUUAAAAAGAUUUAUAAAUCUAUGAAGAGUGAAGACAUUAUUAUGAGAACAUAUGCAUUGAAGAUUAUGUGUCACUGUGGACAGACUGAUCCCACUCUCCUCAAAAAUGUACCAAAAUUUGAUAAAAGAUAUAAUGCCAUCAGAAAAAUUCUGAGUUUGGAAGAAAAUGAAGCUGAUGUCAUGAAUCAGGGAAUGGCUGCACUUUUAUUAGGAUGUUUGUCACAGUUACCUGGUGGAAUGGAUCCUUUGGUUGAUUACAAAGAGGAAGCCUCCAAUGUUGUUAAACAUAUGUUGGAAUUGUGCAGAUAUUCAAAAAAUAACAAUACAAGAUACAACUGUGUCAUUGCUGUCGGAAAAAUGGCAAGCAAUGAUGGAAGGAUACUUGGGGAAGUUCGAAGAUUCGAUGGAAUUAACAUAUUGUCCAAAAAUAAACCACCCCAUGUUUAGUGAUUUUUUUUAUUGUGUGUUAUUAAUUUUUUACUUCAAAUAUUUAUUUUAGUACAAUGUUUUGUGUAGUGUUUUUUAGUUUUAUACUUGUGUACGUUUGGUACUUAAUAUUUGUGAUGUAGUGUCACUGUAUAAUUCUGUAUUUAAAAUCAAAUUGUUCCACAAAAUAUAGAUUCUAUUUCAGUUUCUA